CAGAAUAAUGUUUUCGAGCUGGACAAUAUUGUCUUAUUCUGUAGGAUUUUCCCUUUAAAUUAUGCAUGUCAUGAAAUGACACGUAGUUUAACGUCUUACACCAAGACAUUUAAAUAAUAUAUUAUGUUUGUCAUGAAUUGUGUUUUACAGCUUUUAUUGUUAUGGCUAUUAGAGGUAGAGGCCAACAACCGGUGCGAAACGACAUGUUCAGCGGAUAAAUAUUUACAUUAAGUUGUAAAUGUCGCAGUAACAACAUGGACAUCGCCCUCAAAUAGUCGAGAGACGUAGAGAACAAGAUUUGAUAGUAAGGAGAGUAUCCUCUUUGUGUUUAAUACGGUGCGGUUAAGAGGCAAUAAAUUGCGAAAGACAUUUUAACAGCUCAAAUUAAAACAAGCGUAGGUAAAAUAUUAAAACUACAUCAAUACGCAUAAAGUUGGACAAAAAAAUACCUCUAUAUUAUACGAAAAUACAAGUUCAUGUGUGUUUAUGCGCAUUCAGUGGCGCUCAUUAUAUAAACAAUCUGCUGUUGUCUUACAGUGAUCACGAGGACAUCAUCAGUGUAUGCUAUGUAAAAUAAAAUAUAUAAUUGAGGACGAGUCUGGUUAAUUCUUUUGUAUUAAUAUUGAGGACGAGUCUAGUUAUUCCGUUUGUAUUUAUAUUGAUCACCAGAUAGUGUAAAUCACACGAGGUAUCACCAGUGAGAAGUAAACGCGGAAUCUGUGAAACAAAAAACAGCAGUCGCAUAUGGAAUAAUCUCUCAUAAAGGAUUAAGUAAACUGCGCAUCCUUUCAAAGGGGACUUGAUUAGUAAACUAUAGACCAAAUAGUAACCUAUGUGCGGAACGAGCAUGAUAAAAAACACUUAGAAGAUAAUUCUGACUCUCGGAUAUAACUUGUAUUUUAGGUCUAAGUGAAUAAGACAAUUCGGCAUUGGAUAAACGAGUUACUGAAAACAAACUUAAGGAACAAGUAAUCAACAACGAGCAUUAUAAUCAACCACUUAGAAGAUAAUUCUGACUCUCGGAUAUAACUUGUAUUUUAGAUCUACGUGAAUAAGACAAUUCGGCAUUAGAUAAACGAGUUACUGAAAACAAACUUAAAUAAAACUCAUUUUGAAUAAAGAAAGAAACUAAAAAACAAUGGCGUCUACAAAAGUUUUAGGUGUCUCUAUGUGGGUGUUGAUAAUAUGUAUAAAAACAGUUAUUGCCCGGGAAAACCAACAGUUAUUGAUGCUUCUGUUUGAUGGAUUUAGAUGGGAUUAUCUCGACCAACCAGAUUUACACCUUCCUGGAUUCCGGAGAAUACUUGAGAUAGGAAUUAGAACGGAUUAUCUAAAGCCAGUUUACCCGACCCUGUCUUAUCCUAAUUAUUAUUCUAUUGCCACAGGGUUAUAUACAGAGAAUCAUGGUAUGAUCAGUAAUUAUAUGUAUGAUGAAGUAGAAAAAGAAUCAUUCCUGAUCGGGACAAAUCCAGAACAAUAUCAUUCUUACUGGUGGAAUCAGGCAGAACCCGUCUGGAUUUCAGCUGAAAAACAGAAGUUAAACAGUUAUAUGUACUUUUGGCCUGGCUGUGAAGUUACCAUUCGAGAUGUUAAGCCAACCCAAUGUAGACCAUAUAAUGGCCCGCCUAGUUUAGAUGAUUUUAAAAGAGUUAUGUCGGACAUCAUGCGGAAAUUUGUUAAUAACGAAGCAGAUUUAGGCGGCGUAUACUAUGAACUGACCGAUAAAUUAGGACAUGAUUACGGUCCCAAGAGUAAACCAUUGAACGAUAAUAUACAGGCUUUAGAUGCUGAAUUAUUUAAACUAACAGAAGACAUAGUGAAAAUGGGAUUAAAUGACAGAUUAAAUAUCAUGAUAUUUUCUGAUCACGGUAUGGCAGAUAUGACCAAUAGAACUUUAAUAAAUAUGGCUAGCAUAUUGAACCGGAAUGAUUAUGACGUUAUUCUAGAAAACGGACCACUAUCAAGUGUUUGGCCAAAACCUGGAAAACACAGAGAGGUUUAUCACAAGUUAAGACAAUUUCACCGUAAAAUGCAUGUUUAUGAACGUGAAGAUUUACCGGAACGAUAUCAUUAUAAACAUAAUGCACGUGUAGCACCAAUAACAAUGAUAGCAGAGAAGCCUUAUUAUAUAUUAACGCCGGUAAAACCGAAUUAUCCAUCACGAAAAUCAGAUUUUCAGCCGAGAAUGGGAGUGCAUGGUUAUGAUGAUACCGAUAUUGAUAUGAGAGGGAUAUUUCUAGGUUUUGGGCCAUCAUUUAAAGCUCAUUACCGAGGACCAGGAAUAGAAAAUAUACAUCUCUAUCAGAUUAUGUGUCGUAUAUUGGGUCUUAUACCAGAAUCUCAUAAUGGUACAUGGUCUACGAUUAGUGGAUUAGUCACAGAUAAACUGCCACCUGCAGUAGGAGGGGCGAGCACUCUAACCUUGACUUACCUAAUACCAAUAUCUUUACUUGUUUUAAUCUGUACAACACUCUGUUUUUAAAUCAUUAGACAGGAUCUCAGUUUAAACCACCGCGCUGUACGUGUAGGUAAGAUUGAUGCCCUUAAUCCGAUGCCACUUUAUUUAUUAUAUAGAGUUCCAAAGCUAAUAAUUUUAGAUAUUCGUAAUGGUGCAAUUUUAGU